ACAUGGUUUGAUAAAAUUUUAAAAGACGAUGAUGUUACUGAAAUUGAAUAUUCUUAUGAAAAUAGAGAGGAAAUUGGAAAGGGGGGAUUUGGUAUUGUUUAUUCGGCAUUUUGUAAUGGGAAAAAGUUUGCAUUGAAAAGCUUUAUCAAUGAUGAAACGAAUAAAGAAGCAACCAAAGAAUUCAUUAGAGAGCUUAAAUAUUUACAUGCUAUUAGUAAUCAUCCUAACAUCAAUCAAUUCUAUGGAAUAACACGUGAAGGCUACCGAGAACCAACAAUUCCUGGUACACCAAGGGGUUACUCCGAUAUCUAUAAGAAAUGCUGGAGUUCUGAACCAAAAGAACGUCCAACAAUAAACAAAAUUCUUGAGAAACUUAAUUUAAUGUCAAAAGAGGAAACAAUGCACUUGAUUAUAAAUAGCAAUAGGGAGCUUAAACCUGAAUUAGAUGAAAAAAUAAGCGAACGUUCUCAAUUUUACAAAAAUAUGCAUAAUGAUGAAUUAUCCAGAAACUUAUUAAGAGCAGUAUCAGUACAAAAACCUAGAAGACCAUCACGCUCUAGUGCGAAAAGCUCCGAUUCUCUUACUAAAUC